AUGGCCUCCAAGGGAGCCAUGCUACCUCUUUUGAGGUGUGAAUUACGACCUGCUCCCUCACGGCUCUCAUGGGCCUCGUCUUCCUUUUCGACUGUUGCGAACCAGGCACGGAGUUCGAAUCAUUCACUCCUGUCCUCGGGACGCAGGUCAGCUUACCGCACAGCAAUAUUCUGUCCGGGGCGCACGCACCACCCAAUUCGGGCCUUUUCGCAGUCCCUCUCGAGGAAGCUGACCAAUGAAAAUGGUCAUUUUGAUCCUCGACAGGUGGAGAGGGAGUCUGAUGAGGUCGAUGUAUGCAUCGUUGGUGGUGGCCCCGCCGGUCUUGCCGCCGCGAUUCGACUGAAGCAGCUUGCCAACGAAGCCGGGAACGAAGAAUUCCGCGUGAUUUUACUGGAAAAGGCGGGUGAACUGGGUGCACACAUUCUUUCGGGCAAUGUGCUGCAACCCACCGCAAUCAACGAGCUUUUGCCCGACUGGCUGUCGGAGGACAACCCGUCGCGGUUUGAGGGCGCGACGCCGGCCGGCGAAGAGAAGAUGCGCAUUUUGACCCAGAACUCGGCCAUCCCCAUCCCUAUGCCGCCUCAAAUGCACAAUCACGGAAAUUACAUCAUCAGCUUGAACGAGUUAACUAAAUGGCUCGGCGAGCGAGCAGAGGAGCUGGGUGUUGAGGUCUAUCCUGGAUUUGCCGCGAGCGAACUGGUCUACCGGCCAGAUGGCUCUGUACUUGGUGUCGCAACUAAUGACCUGGGUGUUGGCCGAGAUGGCAAUGCUAAGGACAAUUUCGAGCGGGGAAUGGAAUUUCACGCUCGUGUCACUCUUCUUGGCGAGGGUUGCCAUGGUAGUUUGACGAAACAGGUGAUCAAGAAGUACGAUCUCCGACGGGAUAGCCAACCGCAAACGUACGGCAUCGGCCUGAAGGAGGUUUGGGAAAUUCAGCCGGAGAAGUUCAACCGUGGAGAGAUCGUACAUUCGAUGGGCUACCCGCUUCCUGCAGAUACCUAUGGAGGGGCUUUCAUGUAUCACUUCGGCGAAAACAUGGUUACCCUUGGUCUGGUGGUUGGCCUGGAUUACCCCAACCCUUGGCUCUCUCCAUACGGCGAGUUUCAAAAAAUGAAACACCACCCUCUUUUUAAGGAAGUCCUGGAGGGAGGCAAGUGCAUCUCGUAUGGAGCUCGCGCUCUUAACGAGGGUGGCUAUCAGUCCAUCCCGAAGUGUGCUUUCCCCGGAGGCGCGCUAAUCGGAGAUACGGCGGGAUUUCUGAACGUCCCCAAGAUCAAGGGCACGCACACUGCGAUGAAAUCAGGCAUGCUGGCGGCUGAAUCCACCUUCUCGGCGCUGCAGAAUACCGACGAAGGGACGGUGUUCCUCUUUGAUUACGAGGAGGCGCUUCGGAAGUCGUCGAUCUGGAAGGAGCUGUACGAGGUUCGUAACAUGCGACCUUCCUUCAAUACGCCUCUUGGCCUCUACGGCGGGAUCAUGUACUCUGGGCUCGAGGCCUUCUUCCUCAAGGGCAAAGCCCCCUGGACUUUCAAGCACCACAGCACCGAUGCCGCAGCCACCAAGCUGGCUUCCGAAUGCGAGAAGAUCGAAUACCCCAAACCGGACGGCGUCAUCAGCUUCGACAUCCUGACCAGCGUGAGCAGAACCGGUACCAACCACGAGGAAGACCAACCGGUGCACCUCCAGGUCGAGGAUUGGGAUAAACACAAGGAUAUCGCAUGGCCGCGGUACCAAGGCGUGGAGAACCGAUUCUGCCCUGCCGGUGUGUAUGAAUACGUUGAAGAUUCCACCAAGGAGCAUGGAGUUCGCUUCCAAAUUAAUUCGCAGAACUGUAUCCACUGCAAGACCUGUGAUAUUAAGGUGCCAACACAGGAUAUUAAUUGGCAGACUCCACAGGGUGGAGAGGGUCCCAAGUAUUUCAAGACAUAA